AAAAUAAUAUUUGAUCUGAUUCCUCUUAUAAAUUUGAAGGCCAGCUCUCAUCAUUCAGGAGAAGCAGAGAACCAACGAAAGAAGAAACGGCCAAACCAAAAAAGGCCAGCUCUCAUCAUUCAGGAGAAGCAGAGAACCAACGAAAGAAGAAACAGCCAAACAAAAAAAGGAAUUGCAGUUUCAAGAAUAGCACAUCAUAUUGAGAUUACCCAAAUGGAUCAUCAAAUUCCACUUCUUUAUCAAACUUCUGUAAAUGAGGUCUCUCUCUCACACACCACGCUAUACUUCUUUAAGUCAAAAAUAAAUGAAGCCAUAUAUAUGGUGUCCUUCACUUUAUGCUAUCCUUUAAAGGAUACUACCUUCGAUUCAUAA